GUUUAUGUCAAAUCUGACUCCUAAUCAUAAAGGUUUCAAAUCUGGUUAGCAAAUAAUAUUUUGGUUAGAAUGAAUUUUUAUGUCAAAUAUGUACAAUGACAUAUUCACUUAAGACUUGACAUCUCCUUGGAGAUGCUCUAAUGCCACGCUUGUUUACUACUGGACUAGUUCAAAGACACUUCUGAAGCUGCAGUUUCGGGAAUUAAGAGCAUAGUGAGGUCUUGUAUCAAAUCAGGCACCAUAAAGCGCCUCAUUUACACAGCCUCUGUGGUGGCCGCAUCACCAAUCAAAGACUCUGGAAAUGGCUUCAAACAGUUUAUGGAUGAGUCCUGUUGGACUCCCCUCAAUCUUUCAUUAGCCUUUGCCAAUAAAGUAUUGAUUGACUAUACACACUCAAAGAGCCUUUCAGAGAAAGAAGUGUUGAAGCACACUAGUGGUGACCUUGAAGUGGUCAGCAUUGCUUGUGGCCUAGUGGGAGGGGACACACUUCUCACUACUAUGCCUGAGAGCAUGGGAGUGCUCAUUUCACAAAUCACAAAAGAUAGUAGGAGAUACCAAACCCUGAGAUUUUUGGAGGAAUUGCUUGGUAAAGUUCCAAUCGUGCACAUUGAAGAUGUUUGUGAGGCACACAUAUUAUGCAUGGAGAAGCCUUCCAUCAAUGGCAGAUUUCUAUGUGUUAGUGCAUAUUUGUCUUCAGCAGAGAUAGCAUCUCACUGGGAAAAAAAUUACCCAAGUCUCAAAAUAGCUGAAGAGUUUGUGGAAGAUUCAGGGAGAGACAUUGGCUGGGGUUCCACAAAGCUUAAGAAAAUUGGAUUUGAGUACAAAUUUGAUGCCAAGGUGAUAUUAGAUGACACUCUAAAGUGGGCCCAAAAGAUGGGUGAGUUUGCUUCCAGCCAAAAUACUGUUGUACCCAAGUAAUGACCAAUGAGAAAUAAAUAACUUGCCUCUGAUCGGUGAUCAGUCAAUUGCAGCAGUUAAGAAGUUCGAAGUUCGAUAAUAUUUA